UCUUCUAUUUCUACACAGUCUGUUAUCAGAAAUCUAAAAUAAAAUGCUUCAUGUUAUUGUUUUGAUCCACUUGUGUUUGUGGAGUUCAGCCGGUGUGUUUGGUGUUCAUGCAUUGGAGUCAGUGUCGGUUCUGGAGGGAGAUUCAGUCUCUCUAGACUCUGGUUUAACUAAAAUAACAGAUGAAGAUCUUAUUACGUGGAAGUUUGGAGCUGAAAACACUUUAAUAGCUAAAAUCGAUGUAAUGGUCGGCAGUGCUACUGUAUAUGAUCAUGUUCUUGAUGAGAGAUUUAGAGACAGACUGAAGGUGGAUCAUCAAACUGGAUCUCUGACCAUCACUAACAUCUCAACUCUACACACUGGAGAAUAUCAACUAGAGACCAGCAGUGUGAGAAAGAGCUUCAGUGUCUCUGUCUACGCUUGUCUUCCUGUUCCUGUCAUCAGCAGUAACUCUUCAAACUGUUCUUCAUCUUCAUCAUCUUCAUCAUCUUGUUCAUUGUUGUGUUCGGCGGUGAACGUGAGUCAUGUGACUCUCUCCUGGUACAAAGGAAACAGUUUAUUGUCCAGCAUCAGUGUGUCUGAUCUCAGCAUCAGUCUCUCUCUACCUCUGGAGGUGGAAUAUCAGGAUAAAAACACCUACAGCUGUGUGAUCAACAACCCCAUCAGAAACCAGACCACACAUCUGAACAUCAGUCAGCUCUGUCAGCCAUGUUCAGACAUACAGAAAUCACCAGAUAUACAGUAUAUAUAUAUUCUGAUAGCACUGGUUUCUGCUGGAUUUCUGUUGAUUGUCGGGAUCUUCUGCAUCUACAGGAAAUGCAGAAACACUGAUCAAGAUGCUGAGACGGAUGUAAAAGAGGUCACUUAUGCCGAACCAGCGUUCUACAAAAGAAAUGCACAGAAAACCAAUGUUAAAGAAGAUGAAGUGGUGUAUGCAGGUGUCGUCACUAGAAGAUAAUCAAACUUUAGUCAGUGUAAGGACCGGUGAGAAUGACCACAUGUAGAUUAAACAUUGUCGCUAAAAAGUACAUUUUUAUUUUCAGCUAUUUCUGCUUUAACUUUGCCCUUUGCAUUGCAUUGAAGUGUUACAUUAAUAAAAAGUGUUACAUUAAUAAAAAGCUCUGCUAAAAAUUGCAUGUAGUAUAAAAUCUUGUUGUGUGAACCUAAUAUUAAAACUCUGCAAGCACCAAAUGCACAUAAAAAUCAGCACUGCCGAGUAUAUAAAAAUUGUACUUUAUAAGUAAUGCACUGUUUAAGAACACAACAUGGCUUUGUGUGACCAUCAGUUUAAAAGGCUGCACAUUAAUUAUAUAAAUAUACAGUCUGGCAUGUUUUGAGUAUCUAGAAGAGCUCAUGAUCCACUUAAUAGUGCUUCACAUAGACAAGUGCACUUGGUAAUUAUUAGAUAUAAAUCUAUCAUCAACAAAACUUUUUGGUCUCCCUUUGGUUUUCUAGUAAAAGAAAAGUCUGAUGGUUUAA